GUAAAUUGGUGUGGUGUCUGCACUGAAACUGACCUUUUCCGUAAUUCUGCUACAUUUAAUAUUUGUACUAUUCUAUCAGCGUGAAGAGUUGUUUUAUAAUCCAUGAAGACGAUUUAACAGGCAAUAUGACGGAAAAUGAAAAUGAGAAAACACCGUUGUUACCCCAGGACGACACCUGCUUGAUUCAAACUAAAAAUGGCAGUAUUCAGAGCAUAAAUGGUUCAAAUGAAAACAAUGAGACUGUUCCCGCAAAUAAAGGCACUGGGACUCUGGGUGCAAUAUUCAUCGUAGUAAAUGCUGCUAUGGGAGCUGGAAUGUUGAAUAUGCCUGAAGCAUUUAAACAUGCAGGAGGUGUAUUACCGGGAACUAUCAUGCAAUUGACUUUUCUUGUAUUCAUUUUGGGCAGCUUAAUGAUACUUGCAUAUUGCUGCCACCAUCAUCAGUGUUCAACUUAUCAAGAAGUUAUUGAAGUGAUGUGUGGCAGGGGUGUUGGGGUUGCCACUGAAUGUUGUAUCAUGUUGUAUAUGUUUGGCACAAGCAUAGCUAUGAUAAUCAUCGUUGGUGACCAGUUUGAUAAAGUCAUGGAAGCAAGUGUUGGUGUUGAUUUCUGCCAUCACUGGUACAUGAACAGGAAGUUCACAAUGUGUGCCUUCUCUACUGCAGUCAUUCUUCCACUUUGUAUUCCCAAAGACAUUGGUUUUCUGAGGCAUGCCAGCAUUGUAGGAGUCCUAGCAACCAUAAUAGUGAUGCUCACUGUGGUGGUUAAGUAUGCGACUCACACCUACACGCCAGGUACCAUCCGUCAUUCACCUAAGAACGUUUCGGAAUUCCUUUCAGCAGUUCCUGCCAUUUUCUUUGCCUAUCAGUGCCAUGUUAGUUCUGUUCCUGUUUAUGCCUCGUUGAGAAAGAAAACUGCAAUUAACUGGUUGAUCGUAAUCUUAUGCUCCAUUCUUCUAUGUGCUGUUUCAUACUGCUUAACAGGAAUAUGUGGUUACUUAACAUUCGGCGAUGAUGUGGAAAGUGACAUACUUCAGAAUUAUAAAGCAACAGAUUUCUUUGUGAUUGCUGCUCGUAUUUCUAUUGUUAUUGCCAUGUUAACUUCCUAUCCCAUCCUACAGUUCUGUGGCAGAGCUGCUAUCAUCACGCUGUUCAUGAAAAUGAGAUUGUUUUCAACUACACCGCGUCCUUCCAUUGAAAAGUUGCGACGAUAUUUCAUCACAUUUACUUGGUUUUUCACGUCACUUGUUCUUGCUUUAUUUAUUCCAAAUAUUGGUGAAGCAAUUGCUGUGGUCGGUGGACUGGCUGGUUGCUUCAUAUUAUUGUUUCCAGGUUUAUGCUUGAUGGUCCUUGGAGCAAAUCUUGUAUCAGAAAGCAAAUGGAAACCAAGAUUAUUAAUUGUCAUCGGAAUAUCUUAUUCUGUGGCGGGAACUUUUCUUUUCGGAGAAAUAACAACGGAAGCAAUCAUGAACGACAUUUCAAACUCUGUACCUGAACUUUCCAGCAUUUGUUACCAGACCUAGUAUUUAUCUCUUUGGUUUUAUCAGUGUUACUUAUCUGUGAUUUUAUUGAACCUUUUAAAAUUUUACACUAAUUUUGAAGGUGCAAAGUUUUUCCAACUAUCUUUGCCUCACUUAUAUAUGCGUAACUGUACAUUAUAAUCAUUCUUCGUUUUAUUCUAUAUUGUAGUCAUUAAUAAGUAUGUUUUUUACUCUUAUUGCAUUUUAAUAAAUAUCUAGGAAAAUUGUUUGACACAUUUAUAACAUAUGCCCCUGUAAUUUCUCUCGUUGAUCAGCUGUGCUUGUUCUUUGUGCUGUUAGUUUCUAAAUUAAAAAAAUAUAUCUUGAACUGUUUAAAAAAUAUAUCUUAAACUGUGUACUAGCAUAUUUUACCUAAACAUAAGAUAGAUAAAACUGUUCUGGAGACAGAUUGUAUAAUUCUCAAUAUAAAGUGGUGACCUGUGCCUGGCACCUUUGGUUUCGUACAAAUAAAAAAUUUAGCAAUUA